CGGAUUUAGGUAACGGAAAAGUGAACAAAGGAUAGAAGUUCCUUCUCUGUUCAUUACUGUCUGUAAAGGUAGAGUAAUCUAUGUCAUCAAUCCAUCAAUCAAUAAUUAUCAUCAAUUAGUAUACAUCCAUCCGAAAACAUUACACAGUGUAAAACAGUCAAUAUAUUACAGAUGGCUUGUAGAAAUAACGCCAAACUUCAUUGAUGACGAUUAUAUUAUGGAAAGGAUAAAAAGUUAAUGCCAGCAAGGUCUCCUAACCAAAAUUACCCAUUUGUUUUUGGCAUUAUAGAAAUCGCUUACUAUGCAGAUUUUCGUUAAGACUCUUACUGGCAAGACUAUCACUUUGGAAGUCGAGAGCUCCGACACCAUUGAUAAUGUCAAGCAAAAGAUUCAAGAUAAGGAAGGUAUCCCUCCUGAUCAACAACGUCUUAUCUUCGCUGGUAAGCAAUUGGAAGACGGUCGUUCCUUGAGUGAUUACAACAUCCAAAAGGAAUCCACCCUUCACUUGGUCCUCCGUCUCCGUGGUGGUAUCAUUGAACCCUCUCUUAAGGCUUUGGCUUCCAAGUACAACUGCGACAAGAUGAUCUGUCGUAAGUGUUAUGCUCGUCUUCCUCCCCGUGCCACCAACUGCCGUAAGAGAAAGUGUGGUCAUACCAACCAACUCCGUCCCAAGAAGAAGCUCAAAUAAGCUAUUUCGCUUCGUUUUUCUUAUAUGCUUAUAUGCAGAGGGAGGCUUUUACAAUAUUGCUCUACGUAUGUUUUUCCUCUCUUUAAUAUAAUGUGUCUCAAUAAAAUUUGACGAAAAGUAGAAAUUACACAAUA